UACCCCACUUCAAAAUAGCAAACAAAACCACCAGCUCUCUUCUUCUCACUCCAAUUCCAAGCCAAUAACAUCUUUUAUAAAAAUAGUAAAUUAGUAUUUUGAUUAUUUCUUUACUAAUUCACAUAACUUUGGUUUUCAAGAGUGAUAUGGAUGAUGAAAUAUAUGGUUUCCAUUCAACAAGUGAAUACGCGGACAAGGCGUUGAUGUCACCGGAGAAUUUAAUGAUGCAAACUGAGUACAACAUGACUUACCACAACUACAACACUUUGAGUACUCCUCCUAUGAUGUUUGGAUCCGAUGAUGUUCAAUUAUCAUCUGAAGCUGCUAAUUCUGAAAAUAAUAAUAUUCAUCAUCAAAUUAGAGGCAGCUGUAGCAGACGCGAUGAUACUGAAGAUGCUUCAAAUAUUAUCAAGGCUAAAGUCGUCUCCCAUCCUUUUUAUCCAAAAUUGCUCCGCGCUUAUAUUGAUUGCCAAAAGGUAGGAGCACCACCAGAGAUAGCAACUGUACUAGAAGAGAUAAGGCAACAAAACGACUUUCGUAAACCAAACGCUACUUCCAUAUGCAUAGGAGCUGAUCCUGAACUCGACGAGUUUAUGGAAACGUACUGUGAUAUAUUGGUGAAGUAUAAGUCGGAUCUGUCUAGGCCUUUCGAUGAAGCAACUACGUUCCUCAGCAAGAUUGAACUGCAACUCAGUAAUCUUUGCAAAGAUGAUGGUGGUGUAUCAUCAGAUGAAGAGUUGAGUUGUGGGGAGGUAGAAGGACAAGAUGCAUCACAGAGAAGUGAGGAUAAUGAACUUAAGGACAGACUCCUACGUAAGUUUGGGAGUCACCUAAGUACUCUAAAAUUGGAGUUCUCAAAGAAAAAGAAGAAAGGAAAGCUACCAAAAGAGGCAAGGCAAAUGUUACUUGCAUGGUGGAAUGACCACUAUAGAUGGCCUUACCCUACGGAAGCAGAUAAAAAUUCGCUAGCAGAAUCAACGGGACUAGAUCCGAAGCAGAUCAACAAUUGGUUUAUAAACCAAAGGAAGAGACAUUGGAAACCGUCAGAGAAUAUGCAGUUAGCUGUUAUGGAUAAUCUUAGUGGCCAAUUCUUCUCAGAUGAUUGAGUUGAAAUUGCAUCCCUGAUUUCCCUUUACAUGUUAUAUAUUUUUGGAUAAUUACUAGAAAAAGAAAGAAGAUAUUUUGCUAAUACUGAUUAAUUAAUCCAGUCUCUAUAAAAAUAAUGGUAGAUAUUAAUGUUGAAUUCAGCUUCAUGUAAAUAUUCAAGCUAACUGCUAAAAUGCUUACCCAAUAUCAGAAAA